UGACGACAGCGUCUCAGAAGAUAGCUCCUUCGACUCACCAACGUAUAUUCAUUUGUUACCACCACGACAAACAAAAAAAACAUAUUCUUCCUCGAAUGGCAAACAUGGCCUCUCGCUGGGAUCCAGUGACAGCUGCGUUGUAUUCAAAUCUCACAACAUCUCUCUUCUGACCAAACACCUACUGCGACCCGAGCGUGCUUGCUAUCAGCAGAGAGCUCACAGCCACCAUGAUGCUGCUCACACUCCUUUUCACCAUCUUGCUGAAUCUUACGUCGUGCUUCGCAGUCGGGCCAUCUCUGGUCUUCCCGCCCGGCACCACGGCGAAAACAAGAGGCCAGAUCCUGCAGGGUUUCAAUGACGCCUUGACACUGGCGAGAGUCGUAGUGGUGAUUGGCAAGCCUUGUGAUCCAGCGUUUCUUCGCUAUUUCCAACCACAAGACUGGCCUCUCGUUCAAGGAAUGUUCAGACAAAUUGCAAACAUACCCCUGAACCUUGGUAUCGACCAGAACAGUAUCGACAGCUUGCUCCAAUCGUUCAACACGCCUGCCACAUACAACCCUCUCUUUGAAGGGCUGAGCAUCGCUGCUGGAGACAACCCCUUCCUCAGAAUCCCGCCGAAAUGCGGCACCCCCCUACCACCCAAUGCGUAUCUUGCCUUUGAUAACACCCCGGGUGCGCAAUUCUCUGGACUGAUGGCCAUUUGCCCCGGAGCAGAGGUUCUCACGGAGCGUCUUGACCUUGCUGGCACGGAGAACCCGCCCGCUUGGGCGAGGGUCAAUGACGAUCCAAACGGGCAGACUUUGCCUGGUUGGGGCUGCGAUGGAUUGGGAGACCAUGACAACAGUUUCAUGACGGUGACCGGAUCAACGGUUCUACACGAGUUUUUCCACUGGCCGAUCAUACUGCAAGACGUUCCCGGGUACAACACUUUCAUUCCGCCAGAUUCGCACGGUAAUCACCAAAUUGGCGACAACACUGGGACUGCCAUCGGCUUGUCUCAUUCAUACGGGCCGUACAAUACCAGACUCAUCAACCUGCUGGCGCCAAAUCCGGUGACAGGCAAGUCGCAGUCGAUCCAGAAUGCGGACAACUAUGUUUGGUAUGCAUUGUCCUUGUACUGGUCUUGGAAAUGCGGAAGACCCUUUGGUCCAGGCCAGUCGGACGCCGAUAAGAACAAUAUCCUAGAGAGAAAGCCGCCACCAGCAUGAACACAUUAGAAAAGCGAGAAAAAGAGUUACUCGCGGCAUUGGCAUUCUGCAGAUAGUCUGUCUUUAAAGAACGAUGCUGCUUGAUGGUGUACUCAUAUUAAACAUAAGGAGAAUACUGAAUUCCUG